AUGUCCCCGUUCUUGGACAGCAUCGCCACCAUCGUCGGCGUCUUCCAGCAGCACGCCCGGGGAGAUGGGGACGGCUCCACGCUCAGCCGCAGGAGGAUGAGGGAGCUUAUCCAGAGGGAAUUCGCAGAUUCCCUGGUGAAGCCACACGACCCUCAGACCAUCGAGAAGAUCCUGCAGUUCCUGGAGUGGGAUGGGGACGGGGACAUCGAUUUUAAUGAGUUCCUCCUCCUGGUGUUCCGGGUAGCCAAGUGCUGCUUCUGGUUCCAGCCAAGGGCCCCGUUCCUGGUGCAGAGGACAAAGCUCCCGACCAGCGGAAAAUCCCUCCGGGAGCCGGAAUUCAGGAGCAGAGGGAGCCGCCGGCAGCUCCAGGAGGAGGAGGAAGAGGAACGAGAAACCUGGGAGAGGAAUCAUGAAGUUGAGCUGCAAGGAGACCUCAGGGUCAGGGAGGUGGAAAUCUCGGAGGAAACGAGGAGGGAUCAGCAGGAACGUUGCAGGCGGAGUGGGAAGGAUGCAGAACCACGCGUGGAGCUGAUCCCUCAGGAAUACCGGGAACGGAGCCAGGAGCCGUGUGAGCGGCGGGAGAGCUGGAGAAGGCAGCAGCCCCCGGAGCCGGACAGACGAGAGGGAGAGAGGAGAGACCGGGAGGGGCUCCAGGAGGAAGAACCAGCAGACGUGAGGACGGGCAGGCAACGCCGAGAACCCCAACCACGGCCGGACCGGUGGAGCUGCCAGGAGCCAGGGCGUGAUGAAAGAACCCAGCGGCCACGAGGAGGAGAUGGGGAAGGUGACAAUUGGCCACGGGAACCCGAAUUCCUCCGGGAAGAGAGGAGCCGCCACCGCCGGUGUGAGCUGGAACAAAGAGAGCUGGAAGGGAGAAGCUGCCGGGCUGCUGAGCUGGAAUGUCCGGAGUCCAGGCGGCCACAUCAGUCGUACCUGGAGGAACCGUUAGAGAUCGACCUCAGGGAACAUGGGAGAACAGAGCCAGAGGAACGCAGCCACAGACAGAGAACAAAGCGGGAACGGGAGCUGGAAUCUGAGCUGGAGGUGGAGGUGUCGGAGCACCGGACAUGGGAAAGGGAGGAAGAAGUGGCCAGAGUCAGGCGGGGAGAGACACGGGAGAGGCGAGAGCGUGAAAUUCAUGAGGCUGAAGAUGAUGGAAGGAGACAGAGAGAAUCAGUGAGGUUUGAAAGGGAGAGAGAGAUCUCAGUGGCAGCUGCAGAAGCCGACGUCAAAGUGCGCCGUGAGAUCCGGCAACGAGGUGAGGAGCUGAGAAGGAGAGAACGUCCCCGUGAGGGUGAAGAAGUCAGAAGAAUUUGCCCCAGAAGGGAAAGGGAAGAGCCCCUGAGGGAGAGGAGAAUUGAUCGGGAACAGGAGCUGGAGGUGGAGCGCAGGACACGGGAAAGGGAGGAAGAAGGGGCCGCCAUUAACCUGAGAGAGACACGGGAGAGACGAGAGCGGGAAAUUCGUGAAUUUGAUGAUGGAAGGAGACAGAGAGAAUCAGUGAGGUACGAGAGGGAGAGAGAGAUCUCAGUGGCAGCUGCAGAAGCCGACGUCAAAGUGCGCCGUGAGAUCCGGGAACGGGAACCACGAGAGGAGCUGAGAAGGAGAGAAUAUCCCUGCGAGCCUGAGGACAAAGAGAGGAGAAUUUCCCGGGUCAGAGAAAGGGAAGAGGCCGUGAGGGAGAGGAGAAUCAAUCGGGAACGCGAACUGGAGGUGUCUGAGCGCCGGAGACGGGAAAGGGAGGAAGAAGUGGCCAGAGUUGGCCAGAGAGAGACACGUGAAAUUCGUGAGGCUGAAGAUGAUGGAAGGAGACAGAGAGAAUCAGUGAGGUACGAGAGGGAGAGAGAGAUCUCAGUGGCAGCUGCAGAACCCGACGUCAAAGUGCGCCGUGAGAUCCGGGAAUGGGAACCACGAGAGGAGCUGAGAAGGCGAGAACGUCCCUGUGAGGGUGAAGGAGACAGAAGAAUUUGCCCCAGAAGGGACAGGGAAGAGCCCCUGAGGGAGAGGAGAAUUGAUCGGGAACAGGAGCUGGAGGUGGAGCUGUCUGAGCGCCGCACGCGGGAAAGGGAGGAAGAAGAGGCCGCCAUUAACCUGAGAGAGACACGGGAGAGACGAGAGGGGGAAAUUCGUGAACUUGAUGAUGGAAGGAGACAGAGAGAAUCAGUGAGGUACGAGAGGGAGAGAGAGAUCUCAGUGGCAGCUGCAGAAGCCGACAUCAGAGUGCGCCGUGAGAUCCGGGAACGGGAACCACGAGAGGAGCUGAGAAGGAGAGAACGUCCCCAUGAGGGUGAAGAAGUCAGAAGAAUUUGCCCCAGAAGGGACAGGGAAGAGCCCCUGAGGGAGAGAAGAAUUGACCAUGAACGGGAGCUGGAGGUGGAGGUGUCUGAGCUCCGCACGCGGGAAAGGGAGGAAGAAGUGGCCAGAGUCGGCCAGAGAGAGACACGUGAAAUUCGUGAGGCUGAAGAUGAUGGAAGGAGACAGAGAGAAUCAGUGAGGUACGAGAGGGAGAGAGAGAUCUCAGUGGCAGCUGCAGAACCCGACGUCAAAGUGCGCCGUGAGAUCCGGGAAUGGGAACCACGAGAGGAGCUGAGAAGGCGAGAACGUCCCUGUGAGGGUGAAGGAGACAGAAGAAUUUGCCCCAGAAGGGACAGGGAAGAGCCCCUGAGGGAGAGGAGAAUUGAUCGGGAACAGGAGCUGGAGGUGUCUGAGCGCCGCACGCGGGAAAGGGAAGAAGAAGAGGCCGCCAUUAACCGGAGAGAGACACGGGAGAGACGAGAGCGUGAAAUUCGUGAACUUGAUGAUGGAAGGAGACAGAGAGAAUCAGUGAGGUACGAGAGGGAGAGAGAGAUCUCAGUGGCAGCUGCAGAAGCCGACGUCAAAGUGCGCCGUGAGAUCCGGCAACGAGGUGAGGAGCUGAGAAGGAGAGAACGUCCCUGUGAUGGUGAAGAAGACAGAAGAAUUUGCCCCAGAAGGGACAGGGAAGAGCCCCUGAGGGAGAGGAGAAUUGAUCGGGAACAGGAGCUGGAGGUGGAGCUGUCUGAGCGCCGCACGCGGGAAAGGGAGGAAGAAGAGGCCGCCAUUAACCUGAGAGAGACACGGGAGAGACGAGAGGGGGAAAUUCGUGAACUUGAUGAUGGAAGGAGACAGAGAGAAUCAGUGAGGUACGAGAGGGAGAGAGAGAUCUCAGUGGCAGCUGCAGAAGCCGACAUCAGAGUGCGCCGUGAGAUCCGGGAACGGGAACCACGAGAGGAGCUGAGAAGGAGAGAACGUCCCCAUGAGGGUGAAGAAGUCAGAAGAAUUUGCCCCAGAAGGGACAGGGAAGAGCCCCUGAGGGAGAGAAGAAUUGACCAUGAACGGGAGCUGGAGGUGGAGGUGUCUGAGCUCCGCACGCGGGAAAGGGAGGAAGAAGUGGCCAGAGUCGGCCAGAGAGAGACACGUGAAAUUCGUGAGGCUGAAGAUGAUGGAAGGAGACAGAGAGAAUCAGUGAGGUACGAGAGGGAGAGAGAGAUCUCAGUGGCAGCUGCAGAAGCCGACGUCAAAGUGCGCCAUGAGAUCCGGCAACGAGGUGAGGAGCUGAGAAGGAGAGAACGUCCCCGUGAGCGUGAAGAAGUCGGAAGAAUUUGCCCCAGAAGGGACAGGGAAGAACCCCUGAGGGAGAGGAGAAUUGAUCGGGAACGGGAGCUGGAGGUGUCUGAGCGCCGCACGCGGGAAAGGGAGGAAGAAGAGGCCGCCAUUAACCGGAGAGAGACACGGGAGAGACGUGAGCGGGAAAUUCGUGAAUUUGAUGAUGGAAGGAGACAGAGAGAAUCAGUGAGGUACGAGAGGGAGAGAGAGAUCUCAGUGGCAGCUGCAGAAGCCGACGUCAAAGUGCGCCGUGAGAUCCGGCAACGAGGUGAGGAGCUGAGAAGGAGAGAACGUCCCCGUGAGGGUGAAGAAGUCAGAAGAAUUUGCCCCAGAAGGGACAGGGAAGAGCCCCUGAGGGAGAGGAGAAUUGAUCGGGAACGGGAGCUGGAGGUGUCUGAGCGCCGCACGCAGGAAAGGGAGGAAGAAGAGGCCGCCAUUAACCGGAGAGAGACACGGGAGAGACGAGAGGGGGAAAUUCGUGAACUUGAUGAUGGAAGGAGACAGAGAGAAUCAGUGAGGUACGAGAGGGAGAGAGAGAUCUCAGUGGCAGCUGCAGAAGCCGACGUCAAAGUGCGCCGUGAGAUCCGGGAACGGGAACCACGAGAGGAGCUGAGAAGGAGAGAACGUCCCAGUGAGCCUGAGGAGGAAGCAGAACCAGAGAGGAGAAUUUCCCGGGUCAGAGAAAGGGAAGAGGCCGUGAGGGAGAGGAGAAUCAAUCGGGAACGCGAACUGGAGGUGUCUGAGCACCGGACACGGGAAAGGGAGGAAGAAGUGGCCACAAGAAACCUGAGAGCAACACAGGAGAGACGAGAGCGUGAAAUUCGUGAACUUGAUGAUGGAAGGAGACAGAGAGAAUCAGUGAGGUACGAGAGGGAGAGAGAGAUCUCAGUGGCAGCUGCAGAAGCCAACAUCAAAGUGCCCCAUGAGAUCCAGGAACGAGGUGAGGAGCUGAGAAGGAGAGAACGUCCCCGUGAGCGUGAAGAAGACAGAAGAAUUUGCCCCAGAAGGGAAAGGGAAGAGCCCCUGAGGGAGAGGAGAAUUGAUCGGGAACAGGAGCUGGAGGCCUCUGAGCACCGCACGUGGGAAAGGGAGGAAGAAGAGGCUGCCAUUAACCGGAGAGAGACACAGGAGAGACGAGAGCGGGAAAUUCGUGAACUUGAUGAUGGAAGGAGACAGAGAGAAUCAGUGAGGUACGAGAGGGAGAGAGAGAUCUCAGUGGCAGCAGCAGAAGCCGACGUCGAAGUGCGCCGUGAGAUCCGGGAACGGGAACCACGAGAGGAGCUGAGAAGGAGAGAACGUCCCCGUGAGCGUGAGGAAGAAGCAGAGCAAGAGAGGAGAAUUUCCCAGGGCAGGGAGAGGGAAGAAGCCCUGAUGGAGAGGAGAAUCGAUCAGGAACGGGAGCUGGAGCUGGAGGCCUCUGAGCGCCGGACACGGGACAGGGAGGCAGAAGUGACCAUCACUGACCAGCGGGAGGCACGUGAGGAGAUCAGGCUGGAGGUCCUGGAGGAAGAAGAGGAGGAGGAGCUGGAGCAAGGCCAGUGCCGUUACCAGACCCUGGACGUGGACACGGGCGAUCUCUGCCCCCCGGGACAGGAGGCGCCCGUCAGUGACCUCAGGAUCCGGUACCUCCCCGCUGACCCCGAUGUCCGGCCCGAGGUCCGGCUGCUCCCCGAGCCCGUGGAGCCUCAGACCGUUGCCUACUUGGUGCACGUGAUCCAGAACCUGGAGGACCCCAAGGCCGCCACCUACGAGAUCGUGUGCCACGAGCCCGGCCAGCGGGGCCGGCCCGUGCGCGUCCGGACCUGCUCCGUGUCCCCGCGGCCCCCGAGUGACUGCAGGGACCACCGCAAGGCGCUGCCAUCCGAAUGCCAGGAAAACCCUGAGGGUCUGGAUGAGCCCCAGGAAAAAUCCGGAAAAGAGGUGAAGGGUGGAGCCCUCCGGGAUUCCACUGAGCCGGAGGCUGUGAAAGGUGAGCGGGUGAAAUCCAAGGAGAUCCGGAGGCGCCCCGAGAUCCCUGAGGUGGAGCAGGGUCAGCCCCAGGGUGAGGCGCCCCAGAAAGUCCCACGGGAGCCCGGAUCCGGCUGCCAGCGGAGAGAGCGUGAGGACAGCGAGGCCAAGAGCUGCAUCCCCCCGGAACGUCGGGAUCCGGAGCGGAGAGACCCCGGAGAGACCCGCAGAGAGGGAACCCAGGAGGGUGAGGAGGCUCCUGAGGAGGAACCCAGCAAAAGGAGCCCCCGGGAAUCCAACAAUUCCCAGGUUUCUCGGGAAGGUGGCACCAAGCAGGGUCAGGAGGCCCCGCAGGAGGCCCCGAGCCGCCCCAGGGAUGAAUCCAAGACAUCCUGA